AUGUCCGACCCUCUACUCUUCGAAGACACCUUCACGGUCACCUCGAUCAACGCCCAGAAGUAUGACCGCGUUUCCCGCCUUACUUGCCAAUCCAACGAUGCCUCCCUCACCUUUACCUUGGAUGUGAACACCGAGCUGUACCCGUGUGCAGUCGGCGAUUCGCUCUCCCUCGCCCUGGCCUCGACUCUGUCACUCGAUGGAAAGGAGGACACUCGCGCCAGCUGGAGGGAGGUCAGCAUGGGUGAACAGUCCCUGGCAGAUGAUUAUGAUUACGUCUGCCACGGAAAGGUCUACCGCUUUGAGGAGGGUUCCACCAAAGAUACCAUGGCCGUGUUUGUGUCCUUUGGAGGUCUGCUCCUCUACCUCGAGGGCCCUUACAAGAAGCUUGCUCCGUUGAGAAUCGAUCAUGUUUACCUGCUUCUUAAGAAAUAA